AUGUCGUCAAAGUCUCAGUUGGGUAAGCGAUUCCCUGGCGAGUUCGAAGCUACCGAUAUAUACCUCCAGUCUAACGGUAAUCAUCCACCACCGAAGCCCAUUGUGGCGGAUCAAAGGGGCGACCAGGAAGAAAUGGCCUCGCUGAUUCGCAAGAGGGCUGACAUCAACCAUCCGCACAAAGGAACCGGAAGAACGCCUCUUUCCGUCGCCUGUCACUGCGGUCACAAAGAUAUUGUCGAGUUGUUGAUUGAUUGCAGAGGGUGCCAACGUACAGUCCAUGGACAAGUGGAAGCUUUCCCCGUUCCAUCUGGCAGCUGCCAGUGGUCAUUGCCAAGUCAUAGCGACUCUCCUAGACCGAGAGGCAGACAUCAAUGCCAAAACGGACAUGCAGAGAUUGCGAGUUACCUACUCACCCGUGGCGCCAGGGUCAAGGGAACAACGGAUACACCGAUGUAUUUGGCAGCGAGUGGUGGUCAUGUCCAAGUGAUCCAGGCGCUGCUCCAACACGGAGGGACUGUACAUGAACUUGAUGCACAAGGCUGGGAUCCCCUGAGGCGAGCGGCUUUCGAAGGCCAUUCCCAGGCUGUUGCAAGCUUGUCUGGGCACGGAGCGCGAGCUACGAACCUCGGCGCUCUGUCCAGCUUCUCCUUUGCUUCAACUACCACAACUGAGCAGCGUCAGCGCAUCUUGGAUCUUCUCACCACAGCCGUUGACGCAGAAAAUGCCGAGCAUCAGCACGUGGCAUAUCUUCCUGACUUGGCAUGCUCGCUCAAUGACGGCCAGGACAACCUGGCAGAACUGCCUGACACGCAGAUAAUCAUGCGCCAGGAGGACGCAGGUGCAAAGGAAGGGUUGGAUGCAACAGAUAUACCUCCGUCGUCGCCAGUGAGGCCACCACCCUCCCCCUCGAGACCACCACCCGCAAUCCCGCAGAUCCCUCAAGCCACAGGCGAGGAAUCCUACCACGAGGCUACACGACCGGCGCCAUACACCCAGCCAGCGCCAUGGCCUCUUCUUGAUCUACCAACCCAACAGCCAAAAACACUGAUUUUGCAACGAAUCCUCCCGCACAAAUCGCCCUCCUUUUCCAGGGAGGUGAGAACACCACCAUAUCUGAGUUGGUACGUCCCUGUCACCACCCUACCCCCGAAACAGCAAGAGUAUGCGUCUCAAGCUGCUGCCGCAAGGUUAGAGGCACUGUACCAGGCCAGGACAGGAACAGAGGGGAAUCCGGCAGAGUUGGAGUAG